GCUGUUUGUUCACAUGUGUCCAGGGGGAGAUGAAGUACACUGGAUCCUGCAUAGUUUGGCUUUGUAUGGCAGUCUUCCUCCUUCCUGGUUCUACUUCUGUGGCUGUCAGUGACCACACAGGUGCUGUGUGUCCUUUAAUGAAAACAGUUGCCCGUCAUCUCAAACAAAUCCACAGAGACGGUCGUGGUGUAUCAGGGUUUGAUCUGGCAGAAAGCUUUUCUUUAAGGCAAACAUCUUGUAGUGGGGAAAAGAUCUGUUUUAAAUUGGGAAGUGCACCUCUCAUUAGAGAUACGAGGCAAGUAUUUCCAAAUGGGCUUCCUGAGGAAUACUCUCUAGUUGCUACAUUCCGCAUACGGCGAAACACCAAGAAAGAGCGUUGGUAUAUAUGGCAAGUUUUAAAUCAGUAUGACACACCUGAGAUCUCUGUCCUCCUGGAUGGUACAAAAAAGGUGGUGGAGUAUAUGACCAAAUCCUCUCAGGGAAAUAUACUGCACUACACUUUUAAGAGUCGAGAAAUUUAUCCAUUGUUUGAUCGGCAGUGGCAUAAGCUUGGUAUUAGCGUGCAGUCAGGGAUCAUUUCCCUCUAUUUGGAUUGUAAUUUAAUUGAGAGAAAGCAGACUGAUGAAAAAUUCACCAUUGACUUGCAGGGAAGGACACUGAUUGCUUCUCGUGCUGCGGAUGAUAAGCCUGUAGAUAUUGAACUUCACCACAUAGCAGUUUAUUGUAAUUCACAACUUGCAACAGAAGAUACGUGUUGUGAAAUAUCUGCAGACUUGUGCCCACAGGAGGAGAGGUUACUGGCUACAACUUCAUCACCAGUGACAGUUCAUGCCAGCAAAAUAUACAUGCUUCCAGGGAUGCAGCAAGAAUCUACACAGAGAUGCUACUGCUUUCCAAAUAAAGGAGAAGCAGGACUGCCAGGAGUAGCUGGUUUGCCAGGCCAGAAAGGAGAGAAAGGUGAAAAGGGUGAGAUGGGCGUGAAAGGACCGGACGGUGCUGCGGGUCUGCCUGGUGAAAAGGGUGAACGUGGCUUUCCAGGUAGUAAAGGUGAUGAAGGUGAAAAGGGUGAAAAAGGAGAUAAAGGAGAACCAGGACCAGAAGGCCUUCCUGGAACAGAGGGACUAAAAGGUGACCCUGGUAGUCCUGGUGUGGCUGGUCCAAAAGGAGAAAAGGGAGACAUAGGACCUCCAGGACCAGCUGCCUUGAGUGGUUUGCUGGAGGGUCCCCAAGGCCCACCUGGCAAAGAAGGUCAGAGGGGCAGACGAGGGAAACCAGGGCUUCCAGGAAAACCAGGGCCACCAGGACCUCCUGGUCCUUCUGGACUAAAAGGAAUCCUGGAUUCGUUGAACAAGCAUUAUAAUGAGAGUGAUACAAGACUACUAGGAGUACUUGGGGCCCCUGGACCUAAAGGCCAGAAGGGAGACACUGGUCAAAAAGGAGAAUUGGGAAUGACUGGUGCAAAAGGAGAAAAGGGAGAGCCUUCUGAAAAAGGGGACAAGGGAGACCCAGGAGAGACUGGAAUGGAGGGAUCAAAAGGAAAUAAGGGUGAAAUGGGAGAUCCUGGACCACCCGGUCUUAUUGGAAAUCCAGGAUCAAAGGGACUGCAAGGCCCUGCAGGACCUGUUGGACCCAGGGGACUGCCAGGAGAAGUUGGCUUACCAGGAGAUCCUGGGGCACCAGGAAACCCAGGAAUUAAAGGAGAUAAGGGUGACCCUGGUGGAAUUAUGGGACCCCCUGGACAUCCAGGUCCAAAAGGAGAUAUGGGCCCUCCUGGACCAAGUCUGCCUGGAACACCAGGUCCCUCUGGUGUUCCUGGAAACCCAGGUCCAAGGGGGCCAAAGGGAGAAAGAGGACUACCUGGUGUACAGGGAGCACCUGGGGAGAUGGGGCCCCCUGGAAUAGGCAUUCAGGGAUCACCAGGUCCCAUAGGUCCAACUGGAUCAGCAGGUGUGCAGGGCCCUAGGGGACCUCCAGGACUACCAGGAGCUCCAGGUACCCCUGGUGUCAAUGGCUCUCCAGGAAGAGAUGGGAAGCCAGGACUACCAGGCCCUCCAGGUGAUCCUGUUGCACUUCCACUUGUGGGAGACAUGGGUGCUAUACUGAAGGGUGAUCCUGGCACAAGAGGUCCUCCAGGCAUUCCUGGUAGAGAAGGACCAAAAGGAAGCAAAGGUGAACGUGGAUUUCCUGGGCUUGCAGGAGAAAAGGGCGAUGAGGGUCUUCAAGGUGCCCCUGGACUGCCGGGUAUACCAGGACCCAGUGGCCCCUCUGGAGUCACAGGAAGACCUGGACAUCCCGGUCCAGCUGGAGCAAAAGGAGAAAAGGGUAGUGAAGGUUCUCCUGGGAAACCUGGACCACCUGGGCCUCCGGGCAUGCCUUACAAUGAAAGAAAUGGAAUGAGCAGCUUAUAUAAACUGCAGGGAGGUGUGAGUGUUGCCAGUUAUCCAGGUCCACCAGGACCUCCGGGUCCAAAAGGGGAUCCUGGAACAGUGGGAGACCCAGGACCGAUGGGAUUACCAGGACUGGAAGGACUCCCAGGGGAAAAGGGUGACCGUGGACCAGCUGGUGCACCAGGAAUGUCAGGGACACCGGGAAAGCCAGGAUCCCCUGGGUCCCCAGGGCUGCCAGGAGAACCUGGUGAAAGAGGACCUAUAGGAGAUAUAGGCUUCCCAGGUCCAGAAGGGCCACAAGGAAAACCAGGGAUCAAUGGAAAAGAUGGAUUGCCAGGCCCUCCGGGUGCUGUGGGGAGACCAGGAGACAGAGGACCCAAAGGAGAACGUGGAGAUCAGGGCAUUCCAGGGGACAGAGGUCCACAGGGUGAACGAGGGAAACCUGGCCCAUCAGGAGAAAAGGGGGAUGUGGGUCCUGUUGGCCCUCCAGGAGACAGAGGCUAUCCAGGAUCACCAGGCCAUCAAGGCCCCCCAGGUUCACCAGGACCCCCAGGGUUUCCAGCUGAUGCAAUUUCACUUGAAGAAAUAAAGAAAUAUAUCAAACAAGAGGUUCUUAAGGUGUUUGAAGAAAGGAUGGCUCAAUUUGUAUCCCAGCUGAAGCUGCCUGCUGCAAUGCUUGCCUCCCAAGCUCAUGGGAAACCAGGGCCCCCAGGAAAAGAUGGGUCACCAGGGCCACCAGGAAAGGAUGGUUUGCCAGGACCACCAGGAGAACGUGGAAUUCAAGGUUAUAGAGGACAGAAAGGGGAAAGAGGCGAGCCUGGAAUUGGACUGCCUGGUAACCCUGGACCACCUGGCCCUGCAGCUGCUGGCCUGCCAGGCCCACCAGGAGCAUCAGGUGCGCCGGGACCGCAGGGGCCGCCUGGAGCCACCGGGAGAUGCAAUCCGGCAGAUUGCUACUACCACGUGUCACAGACUCGCCCGCGCACCAGCAGGAAAUAAAACCCUCUCCCCAGACACCUGGGUUCACCCUCACUUUUCACUCUUUCCAAUAAGUUAAUUUAAUAUUUGAAAUAUUUGGUGCAUUCUUUUUUUUUUCUCUCGACACUGCAUGGUAUAUAGAUAAUUUGUAAGGCACAAAACUGAGCCUUUUUCUAUGUCAUUUGCAGUGUCAUGAUGAUGACAUGAUGUCAUAUAUUUUCCAGAGUGCAUUCCAUGUGUUGUUUCUCAUAUUUAUUUUGCUUAGGACAGAAAAUAGGCCCAAAUAAUUUUCAUAAACUUCUUUCUUCAAACAAAAAAUAUUUUGUUAUAACUUAAGACAUUAUGUAUGCCUCCAUAUGUAAGCUGGCUUUAUUUUUCUUGCUGGUGGUGAGUUUUAAAUGGAAAAAAUACACUUCUGAAGUUACAAAGCAUACUUGUUCAUGGAGAAUGCAGGACCUGAGCUGGGAACUCUGUUUAGACUAAACAUUCAUGUCCUUCAAGGAGGCUCCAGCACAUCUUCUGAAAAGACUCUGUCAUGCACCAGGAAUGCUGCCCACUAUUUCAGUCACAUACAAGAUGGCAAAGAAGAAAACAAAGUUGUGUUUUAUGAUCUCCUUAUCCCAUCCAACCAUGAGGUCAGACUGACUGGAAAAUCUCCAGGAGGUGUUUCUCUUGACUGGAUUUUGUCCCAGCUGUGGGCUUGUAUGUUCCUUUAGUCGUGGUUACACAUACUCCAGAUAUUAAAUGCAAGAGACUGCUGAUGGUGCAAAGGUGACCCCUCCCUUUAGAGCAGAGGCUGGUGAGUACAUAGUCCAAGAAUGGAACUGGACAAGCUUCUAAUCUUGAUGAUGGCAUUGUUUUCCUCUUCCUCCUGCAAUAUUCACAUGCUGAAAUAAGCUUGAGAAGAACAUGGAAUCUGUAAAGUGCAAAACUCACAGGUCCUAUUAACUAGUGACAGAAAAUUUCUUGAAUUCAAGAAAAAUUUGGAAAAAAACACAGGACCCCCACCCCCCCCCCAGAAAGGUGUACUACUGAGACAAACAGCAUCCAGUUUUCACGCAUUUAGUAAAGACUGCAGGAACAGACAAUGUCAAGAUGUACAAAACAGAACAUUGUGUAAAUCUGGUAAAGUUCAAAGGGUUGAGCAGAAGAAAAGCUGGAAAAAAUCAAUCACACAGAUGAUCCUGAAAAGGAGUGAGUAGGGGUGGCCAAAAUUUCACUUCUGAUUGUUAGGAAACAGAUGAUCCUAAGUUAGUCCUGUGGAAUUUUGUACAGUGCAAUAGAAAAUGAAGGUGCUAUUCAGAGAACACAGACAUCUAUAACCUACAACCUCAAAAUGCACCUGUAGUACAAAGCUAUACUGAGGGCUCUUAUCCCAUCAUUUGGAAGUCAGUCACUCUCCCACAUCAGGCAGGGAAGUAGUUUUGGUUACUCUGUGCUUGAGCAUUACUGAGCUACCAAGAAAAUAUUCUCAAAUUGGAAGUGCUGGCUUCCAGAGUAGUUGUUGUGAUAUAUGAAUCUGGCUGACAUCUGGGUUUUGCUUAAAAGCAGUUAAGGAAUGGCUGGUGGAUGUCUUUAGCAAAAGAUGCAGGUUGGCAUUUUUUCUAAAUAGAGUUCCUAGCACUUGUACCCAGAACAGAGGAGCAAGAUGAGAGCAAGAGGUGACAGAACUAACUCAGGUGGUAGCUGGGAAACUCAGGACACUUUCUGAAAGGGGAAGCAAACAUCCCUGGUUUGUUCAUUGGUUAGGUGUUUGGAGGAGAGAAGGGGCUUGCUACAAAAGGACGUUAAAGGAAACGCAGGGAUAGAAGGCUGAGAGUAAACACCUGGGAGAGGGCAGCAGGAAUGAGGAUGGCAGAAAACCUGUGGCAUGCCAUGAAACGAUCUCCUGAAGGAGCUGCAACAACACCCUGCAGCUGGAGUCACGGUGCUUUAUCUGUUCUUGUGAAAACGAGGUCAAAGCCCACAGGUGAACCAGUCCUCACAGCUCCUGUUCUCAGCCACCCAUUCCUCGGGAGGCAAUCAAUGGCUGUCCCUUCUCCAGGCCAGCACAUGCUCUGCUCUGCAGGCAGCAGGCGCCUGUCCCGCUGGGGUGAAGGUGCACUUGGGACAAGCGGUCCUGCCUGAGCUCAGCUCAACACAAGCUGCUCCCACCCCAGAACUGCUGUGCCCAUGGAGCACAUUUUGGUUUGCUCUGUGGAACUGACACAGUUCUGGUGCUCAGAGUGCUGGGGAUGGUGAGGCAGCUUGAAACCAAGCACUGAGGCACCGAGCGCUGGGUCUGCCCGCCCAGGGAGCACAGCCUUGCACCAGCACAGCUCUGUGUCUGAACAUGGACACAGGGGAGGAACAGCUCCACACACUGGUGUCCAUUCUCUGAAAGGAACUGCUGGUCAGGUAUCUUGCAUGAACACUUUCUCUUCUUUUUUUUUUUCUUAAUUUUUUUAUUUUUGUUACUUCUCUAGUAAUUCCAAUAUAUGUAAUAAUCUAAACAUUUUUUACUUCAUAAGUUCACUUUGAACUUCAUUUUCUGUGAUAAUAUUGAAAAGGGUGCUGUCUUGUGGUAGUACUUGUGUGACUUAGAGGUUCCCAAGCAGCCCCAUCCUGGAAGGCUGUACAUAGACCAUUGUGCUGCAUUGGAGGUAUCUGUAUAUUUUGGGGCUUUUAGCUUGCUGAAACCCAGCAUCUGUUAUCUGCCAGAUGCAAUUGCUGUAUUUUAAUUUACUUGAACUUAUUGGAAAGCAGAACACUUUUUAUAUUUGAAGAAGUUUUAUUUUUUCAUCUAUGUUUCUUACAGAUGCCUUUUUCUUUUUAUAGGCUCAAAAAGAAAGGUCUUUCUAAAAUGUAUUUGAAUGCUUUAAGUUGAUUUGCAGGUAACUUUGGUAUUAUCUUGUUGCAUUAUUUUUAUUUUGCUAAAAGCCCACUUUAAUUUUCUCAUGUGAGAAAACGGGUAUUUUUUAAUAUGGGCUAUCUCAAUACCUAUUUUAAGAUGCCACGUUCUUCACUGGGGUAGAACAGAGUUAAUCCCAGCUUAACUUUACUUCACACUGGCUUGCUCUUACUUCACAUUUUCAGAAUUGAAAGUGGAAUGUAGCUGGAAACAUGUGUCUGCAUGGCUUUCAAGUUUGGCCCCUGAAGUUUCUUUGCAAUUUCAGACUGACGUUGUCUUAGUUUUUGGGAAGGAGGCCAGAGAGGGAAGAGGGGAUGCUUAAUCUAUUUUGCAGUUUGCUUUAUCAGUUUUGUAUCUGUUUUGAGCAGUUCAUGUUGCAGUGAGCACUGCAAGGAAACAAACACGAGGGAUUUUUUUCCAGUAGCAUAAGGUCUUUUAUUCUCCUUUGGAUUUGUUUAUGUGCAACAAGACUCAGAAGUGAAAUUACUUUGACAAAAUGUUUGAAACCUUUUUAAAAAGCUCUUUAAGCUUUAUCCUAGUUCAGGGUCAGACUAUUGUAUUUUAUGGCAAGUUGCUUUAAGUGUUGGGAUUUUCUUUAAAUAGCUAGGUACAGAGCUACUCAGUUUGCCUAAAAAAGUGCAGAAACUUGCAGAGGGAAGCUUUCCUGAGGCUGCAGCAGACCUCCUGCUGUCCACAUGGUGGAGUGCAAAACAUCCUUUCAGCACAAAGAUUAUAGCCCAGGCACAGCUUGCCCAGCAGCACCAGAGCUGAGCUGACCCAGCUAUGUGUAUUCUCACAGCACAACAGCCAGUGUUUCAGAUUUUGUUCUUUAGGCUGACUUUUUUCUUUUUCCUUUCUUCAAAUGUCUUUAGUUUUGCAUGGCAGUAUUUGCAGAAAUACUGCCUUCUUGGAUAAUUAUUGUCAGAUAUUAUUGCUAAGAUUUUGUGAUUAUUAUUAAAUUGUGUUUUAUGUAUGUUACAAAAAAUAUGUUAUGGUGGGACAUCUCACUUUCAGGCAUCAUUUAUGUCCCCUGCAAUGACCUUUGUCUCCAAACAACUCACCUAUGUUUAAAACUAUGUAAAAACUUCAACAGCAUCCAAUGUAGAAUUGGGCAGCAGUGCAGCCUGGCAAUGUUUUGAGAACCAAUAUUCUUACCUUAAACUGGAUUUGGUUUCAAUGUUAAAAGAGCACUGUGAUACAGAAACGGGAUCUAUUAUCAAUCCUUCCCUUAUGUUUUAUGAUUGUGGGUUAUGACAGAUGUUAGAUAUGCACAGCUUUGUUAAAUAAGUGGGGGUGUUAACUAGUGGAUAAUCACACAAAAUAUUUUGGAUCUUCUUCUUUUUCACAGGGGUGAAAUGUAAUUUUUCAUGUCUAUAUACGCUCAGCUUCUUACUUUUUUUUCCUGAAAUGUUUACAUGAAAGUCUUGUAAAAACCCCACAGGCUAAAUUAGCAUUUUAUAAACUUGUUUCUCCAAAGAGACUACAUUUUAAAAGUCCCUAAUCUUGCAUUUUACCAAAGCAGUAGAACUGCUGCUCUAAUGUGAAAUGUUAGAACAAGAAAAGUAACUCAUAAAUCAAAACAUUUCUGUUUUGGGGUGUGUUUUUAUUAAGUUUUUCAGGUUUCUGAAUGUACCAAGUCGUGCAAAUUUUUCCUGAAAUCUGAUAUGUCCACUAAAAUUUGAUUGUACUGAAUAGGUGUUUAAAUCACCUCCAUGCACAUAGGUAGGUGUAGGCCAUGGAGAACAAGUUUAGCACCGAGAUCAUGUUGUGGUUAGUAUUUAAGUGGAAAAUUUAAACUUCAGGAUACUGUAAGGAAACAUGGUUUUCAAAUAUUAAUUGCUAAUAAACAUUACAGAUUCUAGACCAAAAUAAGUUUUUAGCUAAAAAGACUGGAGUCUACAUGUCUUUUAGCAGUUUUCUUUCUUCUCUGCUAUUCUAUAAACACAAAUGCAUUUAAUUACUUACUGCAGUUUUAACGUAAAUACAUUCUGUCUCCUGUCAGAAUGUUUGAAGGAUUCUCAAUGACACACCUUGGUUUUUUGUAUUCUUUUAUUUCUGAAUUAUAUGCAGCUGUCACUGAAUUAAUCAAAUGAUGAUUGGUUGCUUCCUUCCUUCCUUAUAUUUUUGGUUUGCAACAUUUAAGGUUCAGUUCAAUGGAAAUCUGUUAAGUGGAUGAAAAAUAACUUUUUGAUUAUGUGGCCAUGUACAAUCUGAAACAGGGUGCUGGAUGGAAAUGGAAAUAUUUCACACACUUUCUGUUUGAUGCUCUGUCAAAAGUGUCAGCCUUUCCUUCUGUGUCAAAUCACAAGAGGGAGGAUGCACCUGCAAACAGGAGAAAGGAGAGGCACAAAGCCACUGCAGUAAGCUCUGGGGGGAAGAUAGGGCAGGUUGGCUGAAUUUGGGGAGAUUGGAUUUUGACCCCAAUUGAAGCCAGGCUUGGGCUUCCUAUGCCUAGUGAAACUUAGGGUUAUACAGUCUGGAUUAAAAAGCAAACAAAUAAACAAACAAAACCAACUCAAUGCAAAACCUUGGUCCUAAUAUGUAUAUGAUUUAUGGAAAUUAGUACAUUCCCUGAAUGCAGAUAAAUUCCUGCCCAACUUUUAUUCAGGGAACUUUUGGAAUUUUCAUUUUUCUCUUGCUGCCUAAAUCUCCUAGGAGGAAUAAUACUUGAUGGCAUUUUAAAGGACUAUAUGUAAUAAUUUCACCACUAACUUGAUUUUGUUUCUUCCAAUUUCAUAGUGACUUCAGAAAGUUUGUUUAGUUUAUUGUCUGAAGUUGCCAGGUUUACUCAUCCUUUUGAAUGCACAGGCAGCAAGCAAAACAGGAAUAACAAAAAAUUGAAGGUAGUGAAUAAAACUGGAGCUGUAGCAAAUCACACAGGAGUAACUUGCCCUACAGAAUAUAGAUAUUUCUGCUCUACCUAUGAGCAGAGGAGAUGCAGCAACUACAAAUUUUAAGUAUAAAGGAAGCAGAGGUUACGUGGUCAAAAAAUAAUACAGUCAUGAGCAGGUCAAACAAACACAUUUCACCCAAUUAUCUGAGCAAUUUAACAACAUUUGCAAAAAUGGAGCGUUUGCAAAAGUGGAGCACAACUGCUGUGUUCUGCCAGGAUGAUCUAACACUGUUGUCUCUGAACAAAGUGUUUCUCGGGAAACUUGGUUUCUUUUUCCUUCUGUCCUUCAAGUAACCUUCAAAAUACCAUCUAUUGACACUUUUCAUAUUUGAAAGGAAAGAAAUUAUGUAGAUCUGUGCUUGGGUCUGGGUGAACUCAGAUCAUGACUAAGCUAUUCAAGGACACAAAAUGUAGUGUAAUCCUCCCUAGCCUUGGUUUCAUACAUCACUUAGGAGCUCCAAAGAGUGCUCUAGAGCUUCUUUGGCUACAGAGACUUUGGCCUUUGUGAAACAUUCAAGAUUUUUUGGUAGCAGUUUAUACUAAGUUGCUUGAACUCAGUAAUGGCUGAGGCAGAAAACUUACAUAUAAACUCAUACAUUAACUCUAUGUAUAUAUAAUCUGUAGAUGCAUAAUACGUCCAUCUCUUAGCACAGUAUUCAGCAGCAGUGUUAUAUCAGAAAGCCACCAAACUUGUUGGCAUUGCCAGGUUAACAGUGAGACUCAAUGAUCUUAAAGUUCUUGUCCAGCCUAAGAAAGUCUAUAAACUGGUUAUCACUACAAUCUUCUCUGGGUUCCUGCCUAUACUGAAGUAACUGAGGAGCUAAAAUACGUAUUUAUCACAUACACAUUCAACUGCAAAUAAACCUUCAGAACUAGAAGUGGUGCAGAGAUCAUGAUGGGUAAAAGAUUGUCACUAGUUUUCUAUUCAAUAAAUCUCACAGAAUGUUAUGAUGCUGAACCUGAAGAAGAUGAGAACAAGACUUGCUUGGGAUUUCACUGAAAUUUCAGGAGCAUCUGGUUAAAAUUGGUGGCAUGCUGACAGUGGCUUGUGAAACCUCUAAGUCUCUUUGCACUGUGCCUUCAAAAUUUAUUUUUAAAGCUUUUUAUUUUUUUCUGUGUCACCAUAGUCAAUACAUCUUUAUUUUAAAUUCAUAAUCCUGUCUUUAUUUUCCAAAUCUUUAUUUUACUUGAAUGUACUGUUACUAAAAAUCCUGUCCCUGGUAUAUUAUGGUGUACAGUCUACCAUUUGUCAAGUACCUCUUUUCCAUAAUGACUUGCAGUGGCCCUGAGGAUUUUUUCUUCAGUUCUUUAAGUUAAAACUUGUGAGUCAGCUUGAAGGGAGAAAAUCUAUCACAAUCAAAAGAUUGUCCACUUAUACAGAUUCUGUAUUGAAUUGACUCUCAGUGUUGAAUUUGUUUGAUUGUAAUAAUUCUUAUUUGGGUUUUGCAUAUGAAUAUUUUUCUCCUACAUGAGUUUCCUUCCAUUGUGGAAUUUUAUGCAUUUUUCAGACUAUAUUUUCUAAAGCACUUCACAAUUGUAUUUAAAUGUGAGGGAGUUUGCUUCUUUUGAUUCAUAUGUUUAUGCAUUAUGUACAGAAAACAAUCUUUUCAUUCUGUUAUCAGGUGAGAUUAUUUUUUCUUUUCAACAGUUUUACACAAUUUAUAGUCAAAAUAAAAGUUUGCUGGUGAAACUA